AUGGCAAAAAAGCCGGCGACAUUGACAUUAACACAUCUCAGCAGCCGCUGUGACUGGCCAUCUAGCUAUGUUUUACAACCUGAUAACGACGUCAGCGCUAGCAAGUCUAGCGGUGACUAUUCCAGAGGUGCUCCAGUAUCUAACGUUUACGUUACUCCUCCAUUCACUACCUCCUUCCGAAUAAUUCAUCUCUUUGCGUUUUUACAGAUGUUUCGAUCGCUGUUCGUCCUUCUUGCAAUCGGAACAGUCACCGUCACCUCGAAGUGUGUGGAUGGCAAGGAUAACGUGAUCACAUUCCACGACACAACUAACGGAAAAGGAAAAAUACUUGUAAAAGACUUUCAAGUCGGCACAUAUGACCAAAAUAAGAAACCCAUUUGCACGGACGGAAAGCCCCAAUUCACAUUUCCGGGACAUUUCAAACUACUCAAAGGAACGGUCGAAGUAAGAGAGCCAGUGGAGGAUGGUGCAAAUCCGCUCCAGUUAGCCAUCAGUCUAGAGAAGAACUCAUUUUUAGUUGGUGUUGUAUGUGAGGAGGGAAAGAGCAAAAAUCAGUUCGUUCCUGAUGAGAUGUGCACCUUUGAUCUGUGUAAGAUUUCUUCGCUCUGUGGUUUGCUGAGUGUGAAAACACCUUCACCUAUCGAUGUCACAAAGCUUGUCCAGAAGGAAUACAUCGACAUGGGUGCUAUGCCUAUCCCACAACUUUCUGGGGAGUGGCAAUUGUCGGUGAAACUCAUCCAGGGGAAGAGGGUACUCGGAGGACUGCGAGUCGGAAAAGGCAGCGAAUGGUUGAACAUUGAGUCGCUCGAAGGAGAAGGUAAAUUGGACAUUACCAGAAGUGCGCCUGAAGCUCAUGAAGAACUGUAG